GGCCCCCACACACCCCUGAGCUGGGUCGCGGGGAUACCCCCGCGGGCCCCUAGAGACACACACACACCCCGGGGAUCCUGCCUCGGCCCUGGGGGCUCUGUCCGGCGGGGACGGCGCCAGUCACUUCGGGGGACGGGGGGUGUGCGGGUGUCUCAGCCCAACUCCCUGCUUGGUGCUGCAUAAAUGUGCUCUCUGCAGCCCCCCCAAAUCUCACCCUCCUCUCGCGUCACGGUCGGGGGGGAGCUAAAGGAUCCAGCCCCCGUGUUGGAGGGAGACGGAGCCUGUGCCCCGGUUCUGUGUGGCAGGUUUAGUGGUUACAGCGGGAGGAGGGGGCGCUGGGAGCCAGGACUCCUGGGGUCUCUCGCGGCCUCUGCCACUGCCUGGCCAGGUGACAGUGGAGGGGGCGCCAUGUUCUGGAAGUUCGACCUGCACUCCAGCUCGCACAUCGAAACGCUGCUGGAGCGCGCCGACCUGACGCUGCGCGAGCUGCUGGACGAGGACGAUGUGCUGCAGGAGUGCAAGGUUGUGAACCGCCGGCUGCUGGACUUCCUGGUGCAGCCGCAGCACAUGGAGGCGCUGGUGACCUGCGUGACCGAGGAGCCCCCCGUUGAGCUGGAUGAGCGGCUGCGCUACAAAUACCCCAGCGUGUCGUGUGAGAUCCUGACGUCAGACGUGAGCCCAAUCACGGAUGCGCUGGGCGAGGACGAGGGGCUGCUGCGGCGUCUCUACGGCUUCUUGCAGGGCCACGGGGUCCUGAACCCGCUGCUGGCCAGCUUCUUCAGCAAGGUCAUGGGCAUCCUCAUCAACCGCAAGACAGAUCAGAUUGUGGCCUUCCUGCGCAAGAAGGACGAUUUCGUGAGCCUGCUGCUGCGGCACAUCGGCACCUCGGCCAUCAUGGACCUGCUGCUGCGCCUGCUGACCUGCGUGGAGCAGCCGGUGCUGCGCCAGGAUGUCUUCAACUGGCUGAAUGAGGAGAAGAUCGUGCAGAGACUGAUCGAGAUGAUUCACCCCUCAAAAGACGACAAUCAACAUUCCAACGCCUCCCAGUCCCUGUGUGACAUCAUCCGUCUGAGCCGGGAGCAGAUGAUGCAGAUCCAGGACAGCCCCGAACCCGACCAGCUGCUGGCCACGCUGGAGAAGCAGGAGACGGUGGAGCAGCUGCUGGGGAACAUGCUGGCGGGCGAGCAGGACGAGUCCGUCAUCGUCAGCGGGAUCCAGGUGCUGCUGACGCUGCUGGAGCCGCGCCGAGCCAGGUCCGAGGCCGGGGGGAUGGGCAGCUUUUACUGCCCCCUGGAAGGGCAGCUGGAGCUGGCGCCUCUGGGCUCGGACGGCAGCGCCUGCCAGGCCAGCCCCAGCACCCUGCUGGCCCUCAGAGGUUACCUCCGGGACUUCCACCAGCUGCUGAUCGACCCCCCGAAGCGGCCAGCCCUGCAGAUGACGUGGGGGCUGCUGGACCCGCCGCUGGGGAACACGCGGCUGCAGGUGGUGAAGCUGCUGGGCAGCUCGCUGGGCGCGGGGGACGCGGGGCUGCAGGAGGAGCUGCUGGGCCUGGACGCCCUCAACACCAUGCUGGACCUGUAUUUCAAAUACACCUACAACAAUUUCCUGCACGCCCAGCUGGAGGCAUGUCUGAGCACCCUGCUGCGGGCUGGCACCCCCACCGAAGACUCGCAGCCCCCACCAUACAGCCCCGUCGUCAAGCAUCUGCUGCAGAAAUGCCGCCUGGUGCAACGAAUCCUGUCGGCCUGGGAGGAGAACGAGCAGACGCAGGCGGCCGGAGGCCAGCGGAGGGGCUACAUGGGCCACCUGACGCGCAUCGCCAACGCCCUCGUCCAGAGCUCUGAGAAGGGCCCUCACGUCGCCCUCGUGGGGCAGCUGCUGAAAGAGCUGCCGGAGGAGGAGCAGGAGCAGUGGGAGAAAUUCGUCUCGGGACCCCUGGCAGAGACCAACAAGAAAAACGUGGUGGAUCUGGUGAACAUGCACAAUCUGCACUCAUCCAGCGACGACGAGGAAAACGACCUGAAAGAGUUUAACUUCCCCCAGGAGGCAGUGCUGCAGCAGGCCUUUGUGGAUUACCAGAUGCAGCAGGUGACCUCGGCCUUCAUCGACCACUUCGGCUUCAACGACGAGGAAUUCGGGGAGCAGGAGGAGAGCGUAAACGCCCACUUCCGCCAACUCAAGAGCGCCCCCUUCGACAGGACGGGCAGCCUGAGCUUCUCGCUGAGCGCCGACGAUGACAGUCCCAACUCCAACCUGUUUGAAGUCUGCUACAAGGAGCGGAUCCAGCAGUUUGAUGACGACGACUCAGAUGGGGAGGACGCCUGGCAGGAGAAGGAGCUGGGCUACUCGGGGGGGUGCCCGCAGCCCACAGGGCCCAGGAGCUGCGGCAGCACGGACAGCGAGGGCAGCCGGGACUCGGAGGAGGAGGAAGACGCCGGCGGGGGCGUGGAGGGCGGAGGCGGCGGUGAGGCCGAGGGGGCCAGCCCUGACCUGGAGCCUGCAGCUGCCCCCGCUCGGCCCCCCGCCAGCGGCGGGGUGGACACUGGAGUGGCUGUUUGGGACAGGCCCGGCUCGGACGCCUCCCGCCCCCCCACGGAAGGGAGCUGGGCCCUGUUUACAGAGACACCCUCAGCGCAGACCAGCCAGUCAGAUGCCCCGUCAGGCUCUGCCGAGGGACCCCACCCUCAGGAACCGACAAGCAGCAAUGUAUCUUCGGGGGGAGCACGGAAGGGGCCCCCCUGUCUACCUCUGAUGCCCCCCAGCGGCUCCCGGGGGCUGCAGCUGCCCCAAAGGCAGAGAACAGCACCCCCCAGAGGCAGCAGCAGCCAGCAGCCAGAUAAAGCUCGCAGAGGGCGCCUGGUGAAGCUGCUGAUCGUGGGGGGGCUGGGGGGAGCCCCCCCUCCCGAAGCCCGGCCUGCCCAAGGACAGCUCAUUCCUGCAGGGGGGGCAGCAUAGGACGGGGGGGCACAGUCCCCCAUCACAGGAUGCUCAUGGCGAGAUGGCUGAGCCCCCCCCCCAGGGAGGCUGGUGUGAGCCCCCCCCAGGCACGCCCCCCCCCUUUGCACUGAAAUUGGCGGCUGGGCAACGGAAUUCCAAGCGAAUUGUUCGGAUAAGUGACUCUGGGAAGCACUAACCUCCCCCCCGCUGGCCCCCACUUCCCAUGCCGGCCCCCCACCAUGCUUCCAACCCCCCAAGGUUAACAGCCCUCAUGCCCCCCCAGCCUGCCUCGUCUGGGGGGGGCCAGGCACGGGAAGGGGGCCCCCUCCCCACACAGAUUAGAUUCCCCCCCACCCAGUUCCAGCAUAAGCACAACCCCAACUCUACCCCCCCACCCCUUCUUCUUUGUCUGGUCCAGGGCCUCAGCCUGGGGUGGGGCUCUGCCCCCCAGAGCCCAGCU